UUGUUGUUUUGCUAUAAGUCAUAUAUUAAAUAUUUUUUUGAAGGGUAUGAUUCAUUGUUCCUUAUAUAAAAAGGAGCCACCAAGGAAUAGAAAGAUAUCUGCUCUGAAACAAAUGAGAAACUGGAAGGGCUGGAGGUGUUUCAAGAGCCUUACUAUCCACCCUUUUAAGAGUAUCCUUAGUAAAAUGAAUUCAAAUUUCAGAUUCAAAUCUCAAGGACACAGAAAUGGACUUGUUAGUCUUUAUAAAGACAUGGAGUCUUGUAGAGAAUAUGCAGAUAUUCAAGUGAUGUGGAAAAUGAUUGAAUCAUCAUCUCCUCAAAUUGCUUGCAAGAAGAAAAAGAUCAUUAAGCCUUCUUAUUGGAUGAUUUGUUUCAGGCCAACAUGAUUUUUUUUAUCUUCAGCAAAAUGGGAACUCAAAAUUUGUAUCUCAAUUCAUUCCUUCAUACCUCAAUUUCUAUCAUGUCAAUAGUUUUGUUACCAUAGGAAGUGAAAGUGAAUGAGCAGAGUACAAAUUUGAUUCUCCUUUAAA